UCCGCGCGCGUACAGGAGACACUAACGGCUGGUUUAAAGGCGGCAAACGGACAGCUGACUAACCGCCACUCGUCGCUGAUCGUCGGCCGGAGCGGAGCUCUGCUGUCGGGGGUAGUUCAGCGGCUAACGUUAGCCUCCCCUUCUUCUCGCCGUUUAAAAACGAGCUAAUAACGCCCGGUAACCGAGCGGCAUCGAACACACGGCGCCUUGUGGACGCGGCAGACACGCUACGCCGUUGGUACAGGGGCUGCUGUAUUUGAGAAUCCACCUUAAGAAGAGGGACAGCACCCUCCCCCUCCAGCCACGGUGAACAUAUUGCCAUUGGCCGACGUCCAGUGCAGGCCCAGUGCUGAUUGGCUGGCAGGAGCUUCUGAGAGCUUACAAUUGGCCCAUUAUCUGGUGCAUGCCCACCCCCACCACCCAGCUCUGGAACAAAGUGGACACACAGAGAGGAAGGUGAUGCAAGGCAUCAGACCACCCAUUAUGAACGGCCCUAUGCAUCCACGCCCCCUGGUGGCGCUGCUGGACGGACGUGAUUGCACCGUGGAGAUGCCCAUCCUGAAAGAUGUAGCGACCGUGGCCUUCUGUGACGCUCAGUCCACGCAGGAGAUCCACGAGAAGGUGCUGAAUGAAGCAGUUGGAGCUCUGAUGUAUCACACCAUCACCCUGAUGAGAGAAGACCUGGAAAAGUUUAAAGCUCUGCGCAUCAUCGUCCGCAUCGGCAGCGGAUAUGACAACAUCGACAUCAAAUCUGCUGGGGAGCUGGGCAUAGCUGUAUGUAAUAUGCCGGCAGCGUCAGUGGAGGAGACGGCGGACUCGACGCUGUGUCACAUCCUCACCUUGUACCGACGUACCACCUGGCUGCACCAGGCUCUCCGGGAGGGCACGCGGGUUCAGAGCGUGGAGCAGAUCCGAGAGGUGGCGUCGGGAGCCGCGAGGAUCAGAGGGGAGACGCUGGGACUCAUAGGGCUCGGUCGAGUCGGCCAGGCUGUCGCCCUGCGAGCCAAGGCCUUUGGCUUCAAUGUGAUUUUCUAUGACCCUUAUUUGGCUGACGGCGUAGAGAGAUCCCUGGGACUACAAAGGGUCACCACACUACAGGACCUGCUCUUCCACUCCGACUGCGUCUCUUUGCACUGCAGCCUCAACGAGCACAACCACCACCUGAUCAACGACUUCACCAUCAAACAGAUGCGCCAGGGGGCGUUCCUGGUGAACACAGCCAGAGGGGGUCUGGUUGAUGAGAAGGCUCUGGCUCAGGCCCUGAAGGAGGGGAGGAUACGUGGAGCUGCUCUGGAUGUUCACGAGACAGAGCCUUUUAGUUUCAGUCAGGGCCCGCUGAAGGACGCUCCCAACCUGAUCUGCACCCCACAUGCUGCCUGGUACAGCGAACAGGCAUCGCUGGAGAUGAGAGAGGAGGCAGCCAGGGAGAUCCGAAGGGCUAUCACAGGUCGUAUCCCAGACAGCCUGAAGAACUGUGUGAAUAAGGAGUUCCUCACCCAGAACAACCACUGGGCGGGAGUCGACCCAGCUACCGUCCACCCCGAGCUCAACGGGGCUUAUAGGUAUCCCCCAGGAGUGGUGAGCUUGCCUGCCGGCGGCCUCCCGCCCCCCGUCGAAGGCAUCGUGCCGAGCGGCGUGCCCAUCACACACACCCUCCCGCCCGCUGUCACGCACCCUCCUCAUGCCCCGUCCCCCGGACAAAACACAGUCAAGCCGCCAGAGGGCGACAGAGAGCAGCAUCUGAACGACCAACUGUAGCCACACACGCUCAACUCUCGCACACACACACACACACACACACACACACUCCCUCUCACUCUUGCCCGUGUUGAUUGGUGACCGGAGGAGGUUGGCGUGGCAACCGGGUUCCCUCCCCAGGUGAUAAGUUGUUCGCAGAGCAUCAGAUCGACAAGUUGAGGUCCCAAUAACGAUUGAUUCACAACUCUCUGGCAAGCUCACACUCCAAAGAGGAUAAAGAAGAAGAUGAUGGAGGAGGAGGAGUGGACGGCCGUCGCAUGCUUUGAUUAAAACAGCAAGACAUUUGUCCUCUGCUCCAACCUGAAGUCCUGAGACAGACUGUAAAGAUCCACAUUAUCUUCACAUGUAGUCGACUUUUAAACCGUUUUCUUUGCCAGAAGUUUAAAAAAACAACAAAUCUGUUGAUUUGGGAAGAAAAAAAAUACUGAAUCAAAUUCUGCUGUCUUAGACGUAGUGUGUCCAAAGUUAGAGGGGCCUGUUUCAUGUCUUUCUCUCUUUUUCUGUGUCCUUUCCUUAGUUUCAUGUACAAGCAAAAAGUAGUAGGUUAUGAAAUGAAUGUAACCUGUCCGUGUACAGUUUUUAGACUUACGGCAAGAAGAUACUGAUAUCUGUAUUCCAGUGUGAACAAAAACAAAAAGGGUUAUGUGAUCUCUCUCUUUAUGUAGCCAAACUGGUUUGAGAAUACAAUAUCUGUCUUUUUUGUUUUGUUUUUUUAAAUGUGUCCCCAAAUUAAGAAAGUCCCCCCUGAAAAAAAAGAGGCAGCUUUUUGCACACCAUCUCAGGAAAUCAAUUUUCCGGCAGUUGGUAUUUUAUUUUUUAAAAUGUUUAAUUUUUAAAAAAAAGUCCUUUUUAUGCCACUUAGUGCUUUUGUUUUUCUACCUUGCUUGCCUUUUUUUGUGUCCCGCUACAUUAGAAAAAGAACUUUUGAACGAGUCGAUCUAAUGUUUGCUUUUGUUCGUUACGUUUAAAAAGGGGCAUGUGAUUUUGCUCUUGGGACUUGUGUAAAUGUUUGACCCAAAUCGAGAUGGGGUUGCAGGAGGAAAGGCCGUAGGGAGGUGGCACGAUGGUAUGCUUGGCCGGGACGACUUCAUCAGCAGUCGUGAUUUUGAUUUAAGGGACGAAACAGGUUGUGGACGAGGGUAAUGCACUAAAAAGUUUGUAGCAGCUUCCAGGUGGAGAAACAGUCGCAGUAUUCUCCAGGCUACGGAGCAUGAACAGUUCAACACACUAAGGUUUACAAAUGAUGCACAAACAUUGGCGAAUCGGUGUGUUGCUUCAUGCUGCUAAAUCAGCGUUUUCAGCCAACAGACUCUGAAUAUCAGUCAUUUAACUGCAAAAACAUCGGGUUAGUGUUCGGCUCCACUCCAACAUUUUCGUUCUCUCACUUGUACAGACGUCACAUCCAGUUACUGACUGACGAGGAGCAGUUAUGUUCUUCAAGUUUCGUGAUAGCAUGUUGGAACGUACCAAUUUCUCCAGUGUAGUGACCCUUUCAGUGACAUUUCACGAUGCGUCCUCCCUGAGUAUACCGUUAAGCCACCCCCUGUGGCCUCUGUGUCUAUGUGUACAUAUGGUGUUCUGCCUGCCUGUGUCAAUGUGACUUGGUUAUAUCUGUGUCUAAAAAAGCAGCACUGGGAGGAGGGGUGGGCGGCUAGUACUCUCCACAAGGCAUCAUUGCAAAGACUGCCAUCUAAAAACACAACUAAACACUAUGAAACAAAAAAAAUUCAAAUCUAAGCUGAGCUAAACUGAGCCGGUAAUCUACACUCUUACUGGUUACACAUUCCCGCGAUGUAAACGAGAUGCUGAUAUGAAAAUAUCUGGAAUAUUUAGUGCUGAUUCCAGUUCAUGUGUAGUUGAUGUUAGCAGGCCAGCUAAGUGACGGUGCUUUUUGCAAUCCCCCUUCUACCAGCAGCUGAGUAGUACAAACAGUUCACUGUUGCCUACCUGGUCUUCUUCAUGGUGAGGUAGUAAGAGUAGCAAUCAGGGAUGGAAAUUUCACUAGCCACUGGUGAGUGUUUGACAGCGCAGAAUCUGAAGGGGGUGUCUAGUUUAGAAGGUACUGAGGUGACGUUCAAAUGUCAAAAUAUCACUGUCAGACUAGAGCCCUAAAAAUCCUGACAGGAAUGCUGGAAUAUUUCGAAUCUCACUCUUAAUCUUUCCUCACCGGACGCCUGUCGUCGCAUGGAGGAGAAACUCUUUGCUAAUACUUCCUAACAUGAAACUGUAAGCAUUCCUCAUUCAGACAGGUGACAAGAACAACAACAGACAGCUUUUAAAGAGUCGAAGGUGCUCCUUGAAAUUCCAUCCCUGGUGGUAACACACAGUCCACUGUUGCCUACCUUGGUCCCCUUUAUGGUAAAGUAGUAGGCGUAGCAAUAUACAGUAUACAUAUUCUAUAUUCUACAGUAAAUAUCAUUAUUUUUGGUCAAAACUGACAAUCUGACAAAGAUAUGUUUGUGACUGUAUGCAUUUGUAUGAAUUAUUUUAAAAGGAAAUAAACUGUGGAAAGGUGAA